AUGUCUUUAUUGCAUUCGCCACAAAAGACUCAGGACCAAGCACAGUGUUCUACAGUUGAUCCUCCAACUACAGAAAACCUAUGCAUUGUGUGUAAUGAAAACAUUACUGAAACACAUGAAGUCUUAAUUAUUAACACAUGCAGUCAUGAAUUUCAUAGACAAUGUAUAGAAAAUUCUUUAUCCCAGUCAUCUGAAUGUCCUUACUGUAAAUGUAGUUGCGAGUUAGCAGAUCUUGUGGUUAAAAGGUUAGAUAUUCAGCCACCUAAAAAUAGUCCUAGGCCUAAACAAGGUAAAACAGGAAAACCUAGAGGGGCAAUGGCAAAAAAAUAUCACACUAGACAAUUCUCUAGGAAUUUAGUUCAAGAAUUUUCUCAAGAUGCCAGUGGCUCUAAUGCUCUUGUACCAGAUGAGAGAAAUUUCAGCCCUCAGAAUGACCAACAAGCUGCUCAUACAAGCAAUAACUUUGAAGGUGUCAGGCAACAAAUCCCUCAGACUAAUAAUAAUCAGAGUUUUUCCAAUAAUUUAGAUUACUCACAAAUAAACCAAAUGAUUGAAAACACAAUAACUCGUCUGUUAGGAAAUCUUAACAUUCUUCCCCAUCCUGUAAACCAAAAUAUUCCAACUCAUACAAGACCAAUACAACCAUCCAUUUCUUUAAACAAUCAAUACUUACAACCACCUCAACAUAAUAAUCCAUCUGAACCUGGUCGUUUAAAUAUAUCAGGAAACCAGUUUAUUGACUCAGGAUAUAGCCUAAAAGUAGAUAAAAUUACCGCAAUAAUCCAGAAUUGGAACAUUAAAUUUGAUGGUUCUACUAAAGGACUGACCGUAGAGGAAUUCUUGUAUAGAGUGAGGUCUCUCACAACUGAAAAUUUCAAUGGAGACUUUAGCAUUAUUUGCAAAAAUCUGCCCAUGCUUCUAACCGGCAAAGCGCGUGACUGGUACUGGAGGGGUUUAGGGAGAACAACAUUAAUAACUCAUGAAAUUGAUGUGGGUGAUUCGAAACCCAUCAAACAAAGAUUUUACCCCGUAUCCCCUGCAGUUGAAAAAUUAAUGUAUAAGGAAAUAGAUAGAAUGUUAGAACUAGGGGUCAUAGAGGAAUCCACAUCAGCAUGGAGUUCUCCUAUGCGACUAGUUGUUAAACCCAAUAAAAUAAGACUUUGUUUGGACGCCAGGAAACUCAACAAUGUGACAAAGAAAGACGCGUACCCUUUACCCAAUAUUGAAGGCAUUUUUUCCAGACUUCCAAAAGCUAAUCUUAUUUCGAAACUCGACUUAAAAGACGCAUAUUGGCAAAUCGGCCUAGCCGAUCAGUCCAAGGCACUAACAGCGUUUACGGUACCAGGUAGACCGCUGUACCAGUUCGUUGUUAUGCCUUUUGGUCUUUGCACAGCACCCCAAACAAUGUGUCGUCUUAUGGAUCAGCUCAUACCCCCCGACCUUCGCCACUGUGUUUUCGGUUACCUCGACGACCUCGUAAUUGUUUCGGAGGAUUUUCAAUCCCAUUUAACAACUCUGGUGAAAAUAGCAGACCAAUUUCGUAGGGCUAAUUUAACUUUAAAUAUCGCCAAAAGCGCGUUUUGUGUCACUCAAGUGAAAUACUUAGGAUUUGUUAUAGGUAAUGGUGGUAUCCAAACUGACCCUGAAAAAGUGGAGGCGAUUAUAAAAUGGCCUACACCCAAGAACAUCAAACAAGUCCGCGGUUUCCUGGGGAUUGCGGGAUGGUACCGCAGGUUUAUCGAAAAUUUCUCCACAGAAGUCCACCCUAUAACAGAGACACUAUCGACUAAGCGUAAGUUCAAUUGGACGACCGAGGCACAAAAGUCAUUUGAAAAGAUUAAAUUCUUGCUCACAACAACACCAGUUCUUUCAAAUCCGGACUUUACCAGGAAAUUCUAUCUACACUGUGAUGCAAGUGACUACGGUAUAGGAGCUGUUUUGGUACAACUGGACGAUAACGGGUCGGAGAAACCUGUAGCUUAUAUGUCCAAAAAAUUGAACACCGCACAACGUAAUUACAGCGUGACUGAGAGGGAGUGCCUAGCCGCCAUCGAAGCCAUAAAAAAAUUCCGUUGUUACUUAGAACUUCAGGAGUUUGAGGUCAUUACGGAUCACUCCUCGCUCGUAUGGCUUAUGAAGCAGCCAGACCUCACAGAUCCCCCUAGCAUUGAGGAAAUAACAUCCGCUGUACGAAAACUGAAAAGAAAUAAAGCGCCGGGUGAAGAUGGUAUACCCCCAGAAUUACUCCAAGCUAACCCAGGAAUAGCAGCAGAAAUCAUCCAUCCGUACAUAUGCGAUGCUUGGUUAAACGAACAGCUACCUAAUACCUGGACAAAAGGCGAAAUAGUAAAGCUACCAAAGAAAAAUGAUCUGACUGAGUGUGAUAAUUGGAGAGGUAUUACUCUGCUCAACACUGUUUACAAAGUUAUUGCUACCAUAAUAAAUAACAGAUUACACAGCAUCGAAAAAUCACUACGUGAUGAGCAAGCAGGCUUCCGUCUACACCGCAACUGUGUAGAUCAAGCCAAUACGCUCCGUGUAAUAAUAGAGCAAACGGUCGAAUGGUGA